AUGGCUGCCAGACCACCUGCUCGAGGAUACUGGCUUGCGAUUCCAGAAAACAUCCAGACCCUCAUUGCAGAUUCGUUUCGCAAGAUCAAUAUUGCCGCAACACUCAACCAGUCUAUCAGUAGAAAAAUAACACCAGGCACUAGAUGGGUGCCCGCUCCUCAUGCUUCUACGACAAAGGGCUUCGCCGAAGGCUCUGAAGGCCUGGUCAAUCUGUGGUGUCUUCUCGAUGGCGAUGAUAAGAUAGUGGACAGGAUCAUCAUCAAACAAGUCCACCCUGGAGCCACUCGUUACAACGAUGCGUCGAAUUGGAAAGAUGGGGUAGUUGGUGGAGAGCCUAGAGAGUGUGCUAUGGCCAACGAUGUGUGGGCUGCUCUUCCUGAUGCCGACAAGAGACAUGUACUUGAAUGUUUGGGAUGGGGUGACUGUAAAGGUGAACCCAGAUGGAGAUAUAGAUUGUACUUCGGGUACAGUGCGCAUGGAGAUCUUUCUACGAUCAUACAAGCACAGAAGGAUGACUCGGUACGCACAGGACAAAAGAGAAAGGCCGGCGAUGAUGCCGUUCUGUUGCCGGAACCAUUCAUAUGGUGUUUGUUUGAGGCCCUAGCAAAGGUCGUUGAGGCUGUGGACAAGACUGGCGAUGGACGGGGCAUGAUCCAUGGAGACAUGCAAGUGAGCAAUGAAACAGAUUGGCGUGACGUUAGUUCAUCGUAUUGGCAGACCACCGAGGCUGAACAACUGCGGUUUCGAGGAACGAAGGGCAAACGCCAGCUCGAACGUGAACGUUUAGUCCACGAGGAAUCCAAAUACAGCAUUGAACUAGUCAAUAUUGUAGAGCGUUGCCUGAGAUUUGAUCCAAGCGAGAGACCAACACACGAGGGUCUUCUGAAGGAAGUGCGGAAACACAUGCAAGGACCUGUUUCUGGCAUCUUGGACUAUCAGCCCAAUGGAAGUGUUGCUGAGGGUGUGCAACACCACAAGCUCCGCAUAAACCUGGAUGACAAGUAUGGCAUCAGCAAGAAGUUUUGA